CUUUGUGAAGUCUGGAAUGUUUAUAUGCACAGAACUCUCACCUUUCAUAAGAAAACAAAUCAAUAUGAAUCAGGUUUAUUUUUAAAACAUAUAAACACUCGCAAACUGAGUGCAUUAGCUGAGGACUGAUCAUCUCUCACGAGAAAGUUCCAAGCAGCACAGCUGGAAGAUGGAUCCUGAGCUGUUUUCUCCGCCUGAGAUCAUAAAUGACAGAGAAGCGCCUGAUUGCACUCAGUCAGGAUUUUCUCACUUCUCCCUACAUUAUCACCCGUCGUUUCCUGCUGACAGAUCUGCUCCACAACAGGAACUGGACUUCUACAGCAGCUUGUCAGAGCCACUCCUUCAAACGAGGCAUAAAAUAUUCAUUCAGAGUGGACAGUUUUGCCCGUCAGAACCUCAUUUUGUCAUGGAUGAAUCGACAUUACCGAGAGCUUCCGCAGUUCCAGAAAAGCUCCAGACGAGAGCUAAUCCUGAUCAAAGACCAGACAGGCAGUCCUGUAUACAUAGUGAAUCCACCCAACAAUCUGUGCAUUAUCUGAUCCCAAACUGGACUGGCCCCAUCGAACCCCAGAUACAAACUCAGGACAGUCUCUGUCCACUCAGACUCCAGGCUUUAUCACCAGGUGUCAGGUCCCAGUCCGGAUUCACGCCGCUGUUACCAGAGUUCACCUGCAGCUCCUGCUCUCCUCCAGACUCCUGCUGGAUCAAUAUGAGCCCCGUCACCUCUGCACCGAACUCCAGGUUCGGUUGUAGUCCCUGUGUGCUGGUCUCUGCAGACAGCCCAGCAGAGUUCUGGCACAGCCCAUGUGUACCUCCUUGUUCUGUGGUCGUCAUGCCUGAGAUUCAACCCUGCUGCUGUGUGGGCCCACAGAGACUGCAAGUCCAUCAGCCAUGCAGUCCAUACCAGGUCUUGAGGAGAGAAGCUCAGCAGGUCAGCAAGCAGUUUAGCGUAACACCAGAGUCUGCAGCGUCAGGUUCUCCGUCUUUCCUCACAGAAGAAGAGCAGCAGAAAAUUAGAACACCUGACAAGGACAAACUACAAGCGAACAACACGGACGAUGAAACAACAAAACCCCAAGUUUCUCCUGGAUCUCGUCCCUCUUUGCUUGAGGAUUUGGUGGCAGGAAAAAAUUUGGAGAAAUGGAAGAUGAUCAUAGACCUCAUUCUCAAGGUCCAAAAGGACGUAAAGGCCAACGAGAAUGGAAAUGAGGAGGACGAGGAUGAAAAGAAGGAGGACAGCUUGUUUCUGGAGUAUCUGGAGGAACUGUGCAGUGACGAGGACUUUGUCAGAAACGUGGAGUUGAUGCUGAAUGUAGAGUACCUCAAUUCCCUCUUUUCUGCAGACCCGGAGCUCAUUGACCUUUUUGCAUGGAUAGAACAAGAUCAAGAGGCGAUGCUGCAGGAGUGUCCACCUUCCACUGAUGCUAAUGUGGAUGCUCAAGCUGGAGAAACAUCUCCCCUGUGCUGCCAGGUGGGGUCGACACUGAACACAGAGUACCAGGAUUCCCUCCUUUCUUCAGAUCCAAAUCCAAAUGACCUCCUUCCACUAAGGGAACUUCAUCGAAAGCCCUCUGCCAACUCCAGCAGCAUCACUCCCAUAACCGAAGACACGUUGACGUCACAUGCAGGGGAAGCUGCGUCACUCCCAGGAGCUCGGCCCUCCACUGCGGAUCCUCCAGGCACACAGUCUGAUGUGAACCAAAAUCACGAAGGACAAGAUCCGCCUCUGAGUACGAGGAAUAUCGCAUCAAAGAAAGACAACAGUCUUACUUCUGUUCUGGAGGCGGAGGAACCUGAGGCCGUAUUUCCUACUGAGGGUGUCUCAGAAAACUCCUCGAUGUCCCUCUCAGAUCUUGCAGGCACACAUUCAGCUCAGACACCCCAAAAGCUGCAGGAAGGACCUCUAGACGGGGAUCCUCCUGCCUCUGAGGCCACCUCAACCGCCAGUGUUUCGGGGUCAGCCGAGGAGCUCGAUGUUAUUGCAGUGAUGGAUCCUGUGCCUGGUUUCAGAGUGGAUCUGUGGACUGGCAGCCCACCACAGUCGGCAGUCCCUGGAGCCCUGAAUGUCCUGGCUUCACUACCAGCUCAGAAAAGGAAGUCAGAGGAACAUAGCCGCAAAAGCAUAAACCCAAAGCCCUCUUGUCUUGAGGACUAUACAGUUCCUGUCCCAGCUAAUUCAUCUUUUGAGGCAGCUUCCCAUGCAGAGUCUUGUGUUCCCUCAGCUGACACUGAUUCAUCAGACAGAUUGCAAGCUUCUCGAGAGCAGAAUAAGGAGAAUCAGAACAGGAAACAGCAAACAGUUCAGCAAGUUCAAAUCAGAUGCAGUCAGAGGCUGUCAGGUAAAGCAGACAAAAACAACACAAGGCCCAGUGGUGAAUUCAUAACAGAGAAAGCAGAAGAAAGGAAACCAAGUGCAAAGAGUGUUGAGAAAACUGAAAAAUUCACCCGGGAGACGGACGGGGCAACACAUGAAAAGCAGACUGGACGGUCCUCAAUAGGAAGGCAAUUAUUUAAAGGGGAGGGGAGUCUUUUUAAAGAGUCAAGCCAAGCAUCAAAAGCAGCAAGUACAGACGAGCAAUUUUCAGGGAAUGAAAAGAUGGAACAACAUCAAACACUCGCAGGGGAGAUGCAAAAACAGCAUGAGGCCAACAACUCUGACGUGAGCAGUGAAACUGGGGCAGAAAAUUCUCUUUUACCCACAAUGACACGAGAGGAAAAAGAGUCGAGUGUCGGGAGGGAAAAAAGAGAGACGGAAGGGACUCAGAUGUCCACUUGUAUGAGGAGACCAACAAGGAGCUUAACGGCUCCACCCAAAUCUUCUCUGCAGAGCCUCAGAGUUCAGACAGAUACUCAUUCACCAGAAGACUCAGCAAAGGAGGAUCAAAGCAGGCGAGAAUCCGCCGGAGGACUCCUGAACGAGAUAAGCGAGUCACCGUCUGCGAAAAGCUGUGAGAAAAAUCCCAAUUUAACCUCUGAGCCACGUCAACAACGCAAAACAGUCGCCUUAUGUGCAGGUGGAGCCGCAGGAGCUGCAACAUGGGACUUUUACAGCUUAAGGUCAAACGAGUCAAAAGGGACAGCAAGUACGAAAGAGGCUCGAGAGGCAGCCGAGGCGACCUCCCAGCCGUCUAAGCCAAGCACAGAUCCAGAGCAGACAGCAGGUGUAAAAGGUGAAGACAAAGGAAGGGAACAAGAAGAGGAUGAACACCCAAGCCUCACUCCGAGUCCGAUUAAACGACACCGACACGAACUUCCCGAAGAGAAGGAGACGACUCCAAGUGAAAGAGGAGCGAUCGGCUUAAGUCCGAUGAAAAGAGGAAGGUGGAGGGACAGACAGGAGGCAAACUCAGAGGGAGACGAAGGGCAGAAGUGGACGGGGGACGAGAAAGAUGAGGCACAGGACACGGUGGACACACCUGGCUGUCAACCACGCCCGUCCUCAACAAGAGGCAAUCGAAGGGCGAAGGACGGUUUGUCAGCGGCACGAGAAACUUUCAGAGGCGUCAAAGGCAGGGCGACAGAAACCAGAGCGAGUCGUACAGGAGCUCAGCCGGCCAAAAAGCCUCCCACAAAGUGUGGAAGUCUCAUCUUGUGCAAAACAAACAGACACAAAUGACAGUUGAAUAAGAGGAAAGGCAGGUAAAAAAAAAAAAAAAAAACAACAAAAACAUUGAUUGUGGAUUAAUUAAAAGCACACACGGCAAAAACCUCCUCAAGAAUUCACAGUUUAAUUAAUUAUUAAAUAUAAAAAAAUAUUCACACAAA